UUUCAGUUUUCAUUUGUGUUGUCAACAAUUGUCAAAAUUCACGAAUGUUUUGUUGAGAAACAAGGAAAAAAGCGUCGCUGUUAUCUGUUAAUUGUUUGCUCUAUAUUUUUGCAAUCGUUUGCUGCAAAUACGAUGCCAAAAGUGCGAAGGAGUCGAAAGCAACCGCCCGAGGGAUGGGAACUGAUUGAGCCUACUCUUGAAGAGCUGGAGCAAAAGAUGCGAGAAGCCGAAACAGAGCCCCACGAAGGAAAAAGGAUUACGGAAUCAUUGUGGCCCAUCUUUAAAAUACACCAUCAGAAGUCACGCUACAUUUAUGAUCUAUUUUACCGGCGAAAAGCAAUCAGCAGAGAAUUGUAUGACUACUGCCUAAAGGAAAAGAUUGCCGAUUCGAAUCUGAUAGCCAAAUGGAAAAAGUCCGGGUAUGAAAAUCUUUGCUGCCUGCGCUGCAUACAGACCAGGGAUACAAACUUCGGUACGAACUGUAUUUGCCGUGUGCCGAAAUCGAAAUUAGAGGAAGGACGAGUGGUUGAAUGCGUACACUGCGGAUGUCGAGGAUGCUCUGGAUGAAUCAAUUUACUUCAGUGUUUAGUUGCAACUGAUUAUCUGUCUGUAGCUAAAGCUUUGUCUUUUUUUCAUUAAAAUGAUCAGAUAUUAGCUCUGAA